CUUUGAGUUGUACACUUGGCAAAGCUUAUUCCUAACCGAAGGAAUAUCGUUGGUGGCACAAACUUACAGGCAAACAGUACCGAUCCAAAGACCGUUGGACUGUUCAGUUGUCUCCGAACCCCCGAAGUGUUCGGACGUUAUUUGUACCGUGAAUUGUCGUGACAAACCGCGACAAUUUAACUACCCCAAUUACCUUUAAACAAAACCCCUCAAUAUCUCAAUCAGUGAAACAAAAGGUGAUUUUUUUAUUGUUUACGAGGACGACCGUAACCCGAGGGGUGGAAAUAUAUUUUAUUCAUUGAACCGGACGUUUCACAAUCACAAAAACGUAGCCAAAAGGUAGAAUGGUGGCAUCGCAGAACGAUGGUGGCAGAAGUGGAGGUGAUACGAAUCCCGCAGCUGGUGAGCACGAGACAGCAGUUUACACAGUAUCAGUGAGUGGUGGAUACAGAAAUGAGGGAUACAAAGAGGACAGUGGUGAUGGCAUACCCCCAGAGCCAACGAAACCCCCGGCACUGCCGGCCCCCGAGGAUGACACCCAAUCCCGCAAACUCAAAAUGUCACGCAGUGAAAAAUGGAGAAUACUGAAGAAUAUUGGUACAGUGUCAGUGGCAUUUAUGGUGCAAUUCACAGCCUUCCAGGGUACAGCCAAUCUUCAGUCAUCGAUAAAUGCCAAAGAUGGACUUGGCACUGUAUCGUUGUCAGCUAUUUACGCUGCCCUGGUGUUGUCAUGCAUCUUUGUACCAACAUUUAUGAUCAAGAGAUUCACUGUCAAGUGGACACUCUGCUUGUCGAUGCUGUGCUAUGCACCGUACAUUGGCUCACAAUUUUAUCCCAGGUUUUACACCCUUGUACCUGCUGGUGUACUGCUGGGUCUUGGAGCUGCACCCAUGUGGGCAGCUAAAGCCACUUAUCUAACCCAAGUUGGUGGUGUUUAUGCCAAGCUCACUGAUCAGCCUGCUGAUGCUAUUGUCGUCAGAUUCUUUGGAUUCUUCUUUCUUGCUUGGCAGACCGCUGAACUCUGGGGCAAUCUCAUUUCAUCUCUGGUCCUGAGUGAGGGAGAAUUCGGUGGUGGUGGCGAUGAGAAUUCCACAAACUUCAACCUGGAGAAGCUGAGCACAUGUGGUGCUGCAUUCUGCACAAUGGGUGGUCAUCACGAAGUAGAACGUCCCCCCGAGUCUGAGAUCUUCGAGAUUUCCUCCAUCUACCUGACGUGUGUCAUUGUUGCUGUGAUAAUCGUUGCCCUCUUCGUGGAUCCUCUGUCAAGGUAUGGCGAGAAGCAACGUCGUGUCGAUAGUGUGGAAAUCAGUGGGAUACAGUUGCUAUCUGCAACUGCCUAUCAACUCAAAAAACCGUACCAACAGCUCCUGAUUCCCAUCACAGUAUGGAUCGGGAUGGAACAGGCAUUCAUUGGUGCAGAUUUUACUCAGGCUUAUAUAUCAUGUGCCCUCGGUGUCCAAAAAGUCGGCUACGUGAUGAUCUGCUUCGGAGUUGUGAAUGCUGGCUGUUCACUUCUCUUCGGAUCAGUCAUGAAGUUCGUGGGAAGACAGCCCCUGAUGGCCCUCGGGGCAGUGGUUCACGCCGCCCUAAUCGGUGUUCUCCUAGUCUGGAGGCCUCAUCCCGAGAACUCCUACGUCUUCUACACUGUGUCAGGCCUCUGGGGUGUGGGUGAUGCAGUGUGGCAGACUCAAGUCAACGGUCUUUAUGGCACUCUCUUCAGACGCAACAAGGAGGCUGCCUUCUCCAACUAUCGUCUCUGGGAAAGCGCUGGUUUCGUUAUAGCAUAUGCCUACAGCACACACUUAUGCGCAAGAAUGAAGCUCUACGUCAUGUUAACAGUAUUACUAGUUGGUACAAUAGGUUACAUAAUCGUGGAGAUACUCCACAGGCGAAAGCAGAAGAGAUUGAAGGCACUUGCUGAGGAUCCAAAGGCAGCAGCAGCCGCUGCCGAGGCAAAUAUGCCUGAGGAAACUGACGAUGAGAAAGACGACAUAGACGACGACAUAAUCAUAACACAUCUCUGAAUUAUUCAAUCGGGUGGAUUUAAUGAAAAAAAUGCUAUUAUCACAAUCUAACGAGGUUUGUCCUCAAUUUUAUUUAUCAACGGCCUCUAGGGUUACCUCAUUACGACGUCUCUCAAGCCAACGCUCGUCGGCCCGCACACAAAAUAAUAAAUACAAUGAAACAUUAACUAUCAUGCGUUGCCGCGUGCUGGACGACGAUCGAUUAUUUAUGAGGACGAGAGAAUUAUGCUUGAGAGCCGUUUGUGUUUUAUCGUUGACACGAUCAUGGGAGAGAACGAGGGGUUAAUGAGGCGAAAAAAAAUGUUUUGUACAUUUAUUAAUGAAAAAAGGAUCUGAUAAAAUUUCCUGAUUGAAGAGGGAAUUUUGAAUCUGAAUAAUCAUGAGAUAUCGAUUGAUUUAAUCGCGAAAUAUCGUCAAUUAUAUUCUUAACUAAUGAAAUUCAACAACGGAAACAACAAAGCAGUAUUUUAUAACAAAACAAUUGUUCUCUUUUAUUUUGUUGCCUGAGGGAAUUCAGUUUCCGUCCCACGUGGUGCAUUAGCUCAAACGAGUAGCCUCCAAUGUAGAAUUAGUUGUAGAUAAAGUGGUAGGUGUUUGUCAAAUUGGAGAGAUUUAUGAGUUUAAAUUUCGCAUUGAUAUUUUAUUAGGUAAAUUAAUCGGUCUUUUUUCCCUCGGCUCAGGUACCACGUACUCUUCUGCAAUGUAGUCCUCAUAGGUGAUUGACAGGUGAAUAUAUAUUUUUUAUUUUGCGCUGAUCAAUCAGAUAGAUUACUUCACAUGGAAUCGAACGAUCUAUUCGGAGAAUGUGAACGCUAAUGCGGAAGAGUUUAAGAUACUUUUCAGUGUAUAAUGAACCGGUGACCUUGGCAGGACCGGUAUACCGAUAGAAAAUUCAUUGGCCUCGUGGAUAAUACCACGUGUCCUCGAUCAUCAGUGGUUGAGAUUAUUUUUUCUUCGUUAGGAAUUGAUAAUCGUGAUGAAUUCCUUGCGCAUCAGAUUUGAUGAGGAUUCGGGGCGUGCGAAACUCAAACGCGACAAUUUGAGCCGAGAAAAAAGACGACAUAAGUGUACUUAUUAAUCCUAGAAGUAAGGGGAGACUGUACUGGAACUUUGAAAUCGUGAAGGUCUUUUAAAACGAAAAAAAAAAACAUUUUUUUUAUUCAUGGUAUUAUUAAAGACCCAAAUUUUUUCAUGUAACUUCGAAGAGUUGAAAAAAGCGAAUUUCCAAAAAGUUUUUAAACCUAAUUAAGUGUCGUCGGAAUCCCCUGUCCAAUGAAUGAAAAAACCUCAAUAUUUUCUCAUUUUUUAAAUGAAAAGUUUUAAUUAAAUUGAGACGCCAGAGAUUUUGAAAUUUUAUUGCAGUCUCCCCUCAGAAAACAAUUACUAUAAGCUUCAUUGAAACAUAAAACAGCCGCGGAACAAUUAUGAAACACAAUUAGCAAUUAGCACGAAACGAAAUCCUAUAACUCGGAGUUAGUAGACAAGCAGUUGAAUGAUUGUAAUAAGUUCGUACAUUAAUGAAAUAAUGAAAAACAUUUACAUAUCUCCGAUGAAUAUCAUCCAGUACUAUUAAGGAUUUCAUUCACACGAUUCUCGGGACCAUUACGUCUGUUGUUAAUUGAUUAAGAACUAUAUAUUCUUCGAAAUAAUUAUUAUUAGCUGCUAGACCUAGAGUUGUUUAAAUCUGUUUACAAUGAAAAUGCGAAUGAGGGUGACAUUAAUCGAUUAAAUCGACGGGUAUUAUUGAAGUUGUAUAAGCGUCGAUGAACGAUACUCACACGAUUGAAUGAUGGAAAAGGUAUCAGUGUUAUUUCUCAUUGUUUACAUUGUCCUUGGGACUUACAACCGAGGGAUGAGUUGGUUGGUGUGCGUUAAUGGUUAUCAUUCAAACACUAUAAAUAUGUUUUCAUCCGGUUGACGCUCGAUAUUUAUCGAGCUCUUGGAUUUUAUUGUACAGUAUCAUUGUAGUUCAUAAGGAUAAAUAAUUAACAAUAUUAUUAUUCGCUCCUCUUUCGAUUACUUUAAUUAACGCAGUGUAAAAUUUAAUGCCAUUAUGUUACAUAGUGAUUGUAAUUGAUUAAGGAUAUUUUAAUUUAGUUUUUAGACGAUUAUCAUUUUAUUAAAUGAAAAACCAUUAAGAUAA